CAUUGAUAUUGUCAAUGGUGUAAUAACAGGCGAGCGAGAGGGGGAUAGCUGGAUUUCUGAGUUUACACCAAAAUAUCUGUAAUUCGCAGUGCAGACUAGACCAGACUAUACCGCGGGACGUUGACAUCUGGGUCAGGAAGGUGAGGAAUGGUUUGUUAAAAGCUCCGCAGUCGUCUUUCUCUGUCCAUGGUGCUGUUUGAAUGAUCACGUCCUGAUCAGCACCUCAGUGGAAGAAAGGCAGCAGUCCCUGAAGAGCUUGAUCAAACGGGUGAGGAGGGGAGGAAUGGCACGGGUCCACUGCUAAAUCGGGGAAUUCUGAUUGGGGUUUGUACAGGGACCUAAACAGGCGAGUCAGAAUCAGAAGUCAAUUGUGAAGACAAGCAGGAACCAUGGAGCUGAGAGUGGGAAACAAGUACCGCCUCGGCAGGAAGAUAGGAAGUGGCUCUUUUGGAGACAUUUACCUGGGUGUUAACAUUGCCACGGGUGAGGAAGUGGCCAUUAAGCUGGAAUGUGUGAAGACCAAACACCCACAACUCCACAUCGAGAGCAAGUUCUACAAGAUGAUGCAGGGAGGAGUGGGCAUCCCAUCCAUAAAGUGGUGUGGAGCAGAGGGAGACUACAACGUGAUGGUGAUGGAGCUGCUAGGCCCCAGUCUGGAGGACCUGUUCAACUUCUGCUCCCGCAAGUUCAGCCUCAAGACUGUCCUGCUGCUGGCUGACCAGAUGAUCAGCCGGAUUGAGUACAUCCACUCUAAGAAUUUCAUCCACAGAGAUGUGAAGCCUGACAACUUCCUGAUGGGCCUGGGCAAGAAGGGCAACCUGGUGUACAUCAUCGACUUUGGCCUGGCCAAGAAGUACCGCGACGCCCGCACACAUCAGCACAUCCCCUACCGCGAGAACAAGAACCUGACCGGCACCGCGCGCUACGCAUCCAUCAACACACACCUGGGGAUAGAACAGUCUCGUCGUGAUGACCUGGAGUCUCUGGGUUAUGUCCUGAUGUAUUUCAACCUGGGCUCUCUGCCCUGGCAGGGCCUCAAGGCCGCCACCAAGAGACAGAAGUACGAACGCAUCAGUGAGAAAAAGAUGUCCACCCCUAUCGAGGUGCUCUGCAAGGGAUACCCCUCUGAGUUCUCCACCUACCUGAACUUCUGUCGUUCUCUGCGGUUCGAUGACAAGCCAGACUACUCGUACCUCAGACAGCUGUUCAGGAACCUGUUCCACAGACAGGGCUUCUCCUACGACUACGUCUUUGACUGGAACAUGCUUAAGUUUGGGGCCAGCAGGACAGCCGAGGAUGGGGAGCGGGAGAGGAGAGAGGCGGAUGAGAGGAUCGGGGGAGGACCUAGGGCACCCCGUGCCCUACCCCCGGGCGGCAACCCCCCUGGGGGAGUAGACAGGAUCCGAAAUGGCCCCAAUGCAGCAUUUUCUAGCCCUGCUUCCAGAGGAGUACCACAGUCAGGGAACCGGUCCCCGCAGGCUGUGUCCCGUGCGGAGCGAGAGAGGAAGGUGGCCAUGAGGCUCCACCGCGGCGCCCCCGCUAACAUCUCCUCCUCUGAUCUCCCCGCACAGAUGGGCCAAUCACGUAUCGCCACAUCACAGGUCAGUGUGCCAUUUGAACACCUGGGGAAGUGAGCUGCUCCUCAGGCCCUCUGGACACUGGCAGCCAUGGUAGCAAGGUAUCAAAUACCUACUCAAUUACUUUUGAAAUUGUUGGAUUAAAAAACAUGAGUGGGUCAACGACAAUGAAGACGGAUUAAAGAAUGAAGACGGAUUAAAGAAUGAAGACAGAGGAGAAUAAAAGGAGAGGAAGUUGCAAUGGAUGUGAGACGGGAACGCCUGUCCAAUAUGACUGUAGUUAACUGGGAGAAAAUAUGAAAAGAUGAAGGAUUGAGAAGUGAAAGACACUCUCUUGGCCUAGCCUUGCUUCCCAGGCUUGUGAGACCUUUGCCUCGGCUGGUGAAUGAGUCCUGGUUCACUCUCAUUAUGCUGGCUAUGUGAUCCGUGGGACCAUACACGUCUGUCAGAAGCUCAAUGCCCAAAAAAGGAUGUCAGUACAAAAUGGACAAAUUCUGAUUAUUCUAGCUGUUUUCAUUGCUGAGGUGGUGUUGUAUGGGCAAAUGUGUUGGUUAAAAACACACACAGUCGAAACCGUUUGUCUCACGUUGAAUGUCCAAUUUAUGACAGCUACAUUUCGAGCUAAGGUGUGUGUUUAUAAUAAUAAUAUCUGGGAAUAUUACAGAGGGUCAAGUAGUCGGCAAGAAGAUCUGUCAAGAGGAAUUUGGGGGAAAUGGAAGAUAUGCAGAGAGAGCAAGCCAAGGACCGACCGCAAGUCAGAGGAGGAAGGGGAUGGUAGGAGACUUAGAGAGAUGGACUGUCACCCAUUUUCUCUUAACGUCUUCGCUGUUUAAUUCUGAGUAGAUUUUAACCAAGUGUUAAACAAGGACAUUUUGGUUCUACAACACUUCCUAUUAACAUUAUUGACACAUUUACAUUGAGGUUUCACUCCUCUUUGUGUAUGUGCUCACAGUAUUCUAUUUACAUUGAGGUUUCACUCCUCUUUGUGUAUGUGCUCACAGUAUUCUAUUUACAUUGAGGUUUCACUCCUCUUUGUGUAUGUGCUCACAGUAUUCUAUUUACAUUAGUCAACAGCAGAGAGCUAAUAAUAUCCCUUCAAAUGAUGGUGGAUAAUGUAAUAAAGGACCUUAUCAUUAAGAGGUUUAGGCUUUGCAAGAAUAUUUUUGAGUAUUGGUCUUGGUUAUUAUGAUAAGUCAACAAGCCUUAUUACUCUGAAGAUGGGAGAAAUUAAGAGGUUGGAUUUCAAAGUUAUAUGCUCAAUUGCUGUUAUUUUUUUAUCUCUGUAAAUAUGUUUUUGUGUAAAGCCAGAAUGUGCUAGGUUAUUUUAAGAUGCCAAUGUAGUAAUAGAGAUUUAUUGACCUGCUGGAGGGUUUGGUUGGGUGGAGGGAGGGAGGGAGUCAGAUGAAAGGUAGGCCUAUGCCUGCAUGGGCCAGGGCAGAUCAUAAUACAGAUGGAAUGUAGUUGUGUGGGUUCUUUACCAUGCUUAGUCUUUAUUACAACAAUAUUAUGUAUAAUUAUUAUUAUUUUGUGUCCCUUUUCGUAAAGUUGUCUUGUUGCAUCUCAAACUCAACAGCACAGCAUCACCACAUAUAGUGCAUACAUACAUAGAUAUAACGAUGUAAAUCACGUGCUAUAAUACACGAAUCAACACUUGCGGACACAGUUCAUGGGAUAGGCCUAAACUAUAGUUCAUACCGUUUAUAUAUUCAUGGGAUAGGCCUAAACUAUAGUUCAUACCGUUUAUAUAUUCAUGGGAUAGGCCUAAACUAUAGUUCAUACCGUUUAUAUAUUCAUGGGAUAGGCCUAAACUAUAGUUCAUACCGUUUAUAUAUUCAUGGGAUAGGCCUAAACUAUAGUUCAUACCGUUUAUAUAUUCAUGGGAUAGGCCUAAACUAUAGUUCAUACCGUUUAUAUUCAUGGGAUAGGCCUAAACUAUAGUUCAUACCGUUUAUAUUUGGGGGGGGGGUGUUAUAUUUUGAGUCAAUAAAGAUAUGCACAACUUAUAA